AAGGAGGUACCGAGGUUGAUGGAGGCAGCAAAUACGUGCAAGUGUUUUAGUCGGUCCACAAGUGGUGAUGAAGAAGAAUGCCUACAAGCACACGGGAAAAACUACAGAAGAUUAGCUUAGCUUAACAAGUUUAGCUCCGCCCCGACUCAUUGAGAGGAAAAGAGAGGAAAGCUAGUAUCGGUUUCCGGUGUGCAACCAAUGCUAUCGUUCAUUUCAAACAAAGCGAGGAAACACCUGGAAUUUGGCGAAGCACCUGAAAGACGGUCCUAUAUUAUAUUUGUUUGAGGCAGCUGGCAUUGUGGCCGUGAAACCAGCUAACGUUAUGCUCCUUGUAAUGUUUGUGAUAGCCAGUUAUUUGUUAACGAUGCUAACACAUUGCAAUGUUAUAAACCACCUCCUAAUGGGCCACCAUGCAUCGCAUUCAGCCCGUGUCCUGUCAGCAAAAUGUAGCCUAAUGUCACUAAUAAUUAUUCAAAUGUUCAUGCUUUUAAUAAAUCUUUUUGGCCUGCAACCAUAUCAGUGAAUUUAAACUCAUGCUUGCAUUCAGAGUAUAAAUUGUGUGUGCGCGCUCACUUUUAGGAGUCCACCUUCACUCAUUGUCAGACAGUGUUUGAUAACUAAAAUUCUCCCCCUCUCUCUCUCUUUCUCUCUUGCUCUCUUUCUCAGUAUCAGCCAGAGGAGGAUGUCGUCCAGGAGAGUUUAUAAUUUAAUUUUUUUAAUUUUAUUUUUAUACCACACCGUGGUAUCGACUUUAUCGGUAACGACUACUAGAUUUUUGGUAUCAUGACAUGCCUAGUUCAAACAGGCUUUGUUUCAGGGUCUUUAAUAAUUUCCCUCACAUUUUAAAAGCAUUGUCGGGAUGAGUAUUAUAGGCUUGGCAACAUAGCUAGCCAAACUUGCCAUAAACAAUGUUAAGCGGUUCCUAUGUCCGUUAUAUUGCUUGGACCUGGGUAGUCUUAAAGAUGACACAGUUAGCUAGCUAGCUAACUAACCAGGUUACUGAGACUAGCAGGUUGAGUUGGUUCACAUUGAAAUGUGCUAACAGUAACCCGAAUACUGCAGUGCCUAGAAUAAAAACUGUAGGGUUUUUCCCCUUAGCUUAUCAUCAUAUCACUGAAGCUGGCAAAGCUACAGGUUGUUUAGACAUAUUUACCUACGUGUAUGUUUACUUACUUUGCCACCAUUCAGUGGCGAAAUAUCAGUGCGUUGUUGUUUGUAUUUUGUUCCUUUACUUCCCCCUCAGCUGUAUUUGGCCAGGGUAUUGAUGUAUUUGGCUUUUUUCAGCAACUUGACUUGUUUUUUUCUUUUCUACUUGUUUAGACCUCUUUCUUGGUGACCACGUUCUGAAAUCUGUGCUCACACAGGCCUUGUCAAGAUGCGCUUGAUAAAAUCUCAACAUAUACAUGGGCUCUUACAAAUAACCUCAAAUAGUAAGCUUGGCCUUCGACAGACUUUGACGUCGUCGUCAUCAUCGUCAAUGAUGAUUUAUGGACUAAUACCUCCGGAGUUACACGAACAACUCCUUGAUCACAAGAACUACCAAAAUCGAACGAAUGGGAUAGAAGAGCUGAAAACCAUCCUGUCUGAACUGGACUUGAAAACCAUUUCGUUUGACAGUAUUGUGGAGUUCAUUUACUUUUUACGCAGGCUCCUGGACGACACCAACUUUAAAGUCUUGUACGGCACUUUACGGGUCCUGAACCUCCUUGUUCAAAAGCUGGACUACGAUGUGGACCGAUAUUACAAACAGAUCACGCGUGUGGCCCUCAAAACCCUGAGGGACACGCGUGCCGUUCCUCGGAACGAAUACAUGAACAUUUUUCAGCAGCUCAUGAGGAUCGUAGGACCGCAGAAAGUUCUGGACCUUGUAACGGGACACUUGAAGCACAAAAACUCGAGAGUAAGAGAGGAUGUUCUGAACAUCGUUAUAGCUGCCGUGCUGGCGCACCCCAGGAAAGACUUCAACAUCCCGCAUCUGUGCUUUCUGGUCGCUCCUUAUCUUGCAGACAGCAAGAAGAGGGUGCGACACGCAGCCCUGGAGCUCUUCGCUGUUUUCGAUUACUGUCUUGACACGGGCAAGAAGCAACCUAUCAUGAAGGCUAUAGACAGGGUGGAGCUCACCGGUAACUCUCAGGGCCUUAUGGCUGCCGUACAGGCACGAAGGGCCAGGCACGUUCUUCCUCGGCUAUGUGAGGAUGGUAUGGUGGAAUACGCACUGGUUAUCCCCAAACCUGGCCAGCGACGCACGCCCCAGUUCGGCUCCGGAGCCGAUCUGGAAUGGAUCCUUAACGGAGGCAGAUCGAAUAGUGUGAGGAGUCACAGGACGAACGUGAACUCGGAAGGGCUGAAUGCCUACAGCAGUCUUGGUUCCCUGACUGAUGAGAUACCAUUACAGAGGAGGAUAGUGAGUGCCGGCAAGGGCAAAAACAAGCUACCCUGGGAGAGGUCGAGCCUCCCGUCUGCAGGAAAUCAGGAGCCCUGCAGCGCGUUGAAUGGAAAGUUGUCCGACAAGUCAAGUCUUGAAGAUCUCACUACCUCCAUGAAGCUGAAUCAGGAAUCUUGUGUCACACAGUCUGGUGUUCCCAGGACAGAUCAGCUGCUAGGCUCCGGAAAUUCUAAUGUGGAGCAGGCUUUUUCUCUUUCGUCCAAUCCCACUCCUCCUGGCUCCUUUCUGUUGCCCUCCUACCCUCUGGCCAUGCUGCCAGGGGUCCAGUUAACUCCCACGCUGUGUUCUCCUACCACUCCCACCAUCAGUGGCACCAAGAGCAGCCCUGGAAACUCCACAUCAAAAACAUGUAUCCCCAGACUGCUGUCGGAGAAAAAGAAAGCUCCUCCUUCCACCAUGGAACCAAGUCCUCAAGGUGUCCAACCGCAGGAAAAGCUUCUUUCUGAUGCGAGUGUCAGUGUUGUUGGUCAGAGAGUGUCUUACUCUAAGGGAGCAGCAGCGGAAGAAAAGCGAAGAGAAACGUCUUCGCCUCCCCACGUUAGACCUGCAGGUCGCGAACCACUCCGAGCUUUAAGGCCUGCCAAAGAAUCUCAGGUACACGGCACGAAGACCACCCCUGUUAGUGACAUGUCUGAGGGAGUAGUUGGGAAAGGAGUUUUUGGCUCCAUGGUCCUUCCAAGCCGACCCAAAGUGGCAGCAUGUCCUGAGCAGGAUGAGUCCAUAAAAAAAGCCUCAUGGGAGCCACCAGCUGGAAUAUAUGGCCAUUCUGUCUCUGGAAGUCAUGUUGAUUGUGAUGACAGCCCAGAACCUAAUGAGGCAACGAUGAGAAUCUUUCUUGGUCAAGAGAGGGUGAAGCUGUCCAAGAUUGCAAGGGAUAAGAUGCGCCAACAAGCCCAGCCUACACCGCGAAUGAGAAUUAGACAUGUAACAUCUGAAGUGACCUCAGAUGAAGCAGCAUCACUGCACGAUGAAAUCAUACCCGUUACCCUAAAGAAGGAUCCCAACGAGCAGGUGGAGUUGCGGCCAUUCUCCAGACCGGAGCUUGCCCUUACUCAGAGCUUCAGACUGCUUAACUCGGAUGACUGGGAGAAAAAAAUCGAGGGGCUCAUGUUCCUGCGCUGUUUGGCACGGUAUCACUCUGACGUGCUUAAUAGUAGACUUCAUGAAGUCUGCCUUGCUGUCAUUCAAGAGGUUCGUAACCUGCGCUCCGGAGUGUCCCGCAUCGCCAUGGUGACUUUAGGAGAGCUGUACUCUGGCCUGCAGAAGGGAAUGGACCAGGAGCUGGAAGCAACAGCCAAAGUUCUGUUACACAAAACAAGAGAUACCAAUGCGUUCAUUAGGCAGCUCGCAGAUGCCGCGCUGGGCAGCAUGGUGCAGAACUGCACACCUACACGCAGCAUGAACGCCCUGCUUGCUGGAGGACUUGGUCACUUGAACGCAGCCGUAAGGAGGUGCACCGCUCAGCACUUGACUACUGUGGUCAAGAAGAUCGGCACCGGGCGCUUAUUGUCUGGAGCGAAAGAUCUCACGGACCGAAUCUUACCCGCUGUCUCCAAGCUGGCGCAAGACUCUUCACCUGAAACCAGAUAUUUUGGCCGGCAAAUGCUGCUGUUCUUGUCUUCUCACCGAGACUUUGUUAAAAUGGUGGAAAAGUACAUCCCUCCCAAAGACGUGGCAACCAUCAGCGUCGUCACUCUGAAGACCAAGGGACCGGGUGAGAUGCCUCAGGACACUCGUUCAACUCGAGGCAGGCGCUCCAUAUCUGGCGAUGGAAUGGUGCAUGCCUCGUCUCUCACUCGAGAGCCUCAGAUUUCCAGCAGCAAAGACAACAGCAAAGCUCAGUUCCGCAGCAUCACGGACAAGACUGAGUAUGUCAAGCAGCUCAAAGCCCUGCUGGCUUCAAAAGACUUCCAGGAACGAAUCAAGGGCAUCGAUCAGCUGGUGACUGACUGUGAGGAAAACCCAUAUAUGGUCAUGGGCAACAUCUUCCCGGUGUUUGAUGUUUUCAAAGAACGGCUGCAGGAGUCAAACAGAAAAGUGAACCUCUAUGCGUUGGAGGCCUUACAGAAGAUAAUCACCUUACUUAAAGACAACUUGGCCCAAGCGGUCUAUAUCCUCGUCCCAGCUGUAGUGGACAACCACCUCAACUCGAAGAAUAAUGGCAUCUACACGGCUGCGACAGGAGCCAUACGUGCUCUGAUCAAUAACCUCGACAACACUCUACUUCUUCAGCCGUUUUGCACAAAGGCGCAGUUUGUGAGUGGGAAGGCUAAACUGGACCUUGUCGAUAGAGUUGCAGAGCUGGUCAGAGAGCUGUACCCCCGCAAGCCACAGCUGGUUAAACAGAAAGCACUCCCUCUGCUUUGGCAUCUCCUGGGGUCCUCCUGCAAGAACGGCACAGUCCAUGACCGGAGCGGCACCAUGAGAGGAGCCACCACCAACCUGUGCCAAGCGCUGCAUGCUCACAUGGGCCCCAUGCUGCUACAUCAAGCUGCUUCACAACCUUCCAACAUCUUCAAGAGCCUGAAUGUGAUUCUGCACACCUUCACACCCCUCAGAAAUCCACGUUAGAACAUAUCCCCAGUUAAUUGUAUAUCAGGUUUGAGAUUCCCAGGAGCUCUGCUCUGAAGAGACAGCUCCACUUCAGCACCACCAAUGUUUUGGACAGCUGGAGAGCACGUGGCUGCGGGGCCGCCGAUACACACACGGCUGGUGGAUGAUACGCAAUGCGGCAAAUUUCCACCAUCCAGCAGCAUAUGGGAGAGUAUAAAAGGGCGAUCCUCCGCUUGCAAAGGGAGAGAAGGCUCUCAGGACACGUGCAAUAAUCUGUGUUGUGUUCCUGGCAAACGACUCAGACGUGAGCGAAGACUCCGCCCCCUGGCUGCACCCACGGCGUUUUCUGAUGGCAGAAAGGGAUCCCUGCCACUCAGGAAAAACCCCAGCAGCCCCGCGGACGACUGAACACUUCACCUCACGGUCUCACUUCUGCACACACUCACACAUGCGCACACAUACACCCUCAUGGACAUUUUAUAUAAAAAUUCAAUGUGUGACCCCUAAGCCACCUUCUGUGUGUUUGUGCUCUGCGCACCGCUGGCUAAAUUCCCUACACUGGUUGUUUUAAACCUUUUGUACAUUUAUGAUAUAAAAACUCUUUUGUAUUGUAUAGCUAUGAUGUGUGAUGGCACAUUAUUAGCUUCAUGUAUGCUAUAUUAUAUUGCAGUAUGUAAUGUCUAUAUGUGUGUGUGUGUGUGUGUGUGUGUGUGUGGAGAUGAAAACUCUAUAACGACUUGUUAACUGAUAAGUUGUACCUGUCCUACUCUCUUUUUGCAUGACCAAAUAUAGAGGUGGAGUGAAAAGAUUAUAUUUCUAGUACAAAAAGAUCUAUUUUGAUGUAUACAGAAAUUAAGUCUGGAUGUUAAGCAGCCAUAUUUUUGGUGGAUGGUAAACAGGCAAAACAGAACCAUAUGAUGAAAGCUAGCUUCAUGCUAAUAGACAUAUUUCUAGUCUACACAUGAAUUUAUGCCCAGGUCUGUAAUUCAGUAUCGUGCCAGUCUUUAAAUGCCUUUUUGGAGAUAUAAUGUUAAUUUAUAUUGAACAUGUCUCUCAACAUGGUGUACGACAAAGAUUGAUCUAUAUAUUAAAAUCCUUUGUUUCAGUAAACCUUAA